GGGACCGCCCUCCCCCCCCAAGCGGUGCUUUUCCCGCCGCGAUGUCGGGCGGCGGGCGGGAGCGCGGCAGUGACAGCGAGUCCUUCUCUUCAGAUGAAAAAGAGGUGGCCGCCAGCAGUGCAGAGGGAGGGAGCUCGUUUGAGGAGUGCCCAGCAGGAGAGGAUGAUUCCGAAAGCAGCUCUAGCAGCAGCUCAGAAGAGGAGUCAGAUGCGGAGGAGUCGGAUGGAAGAAGGUCGGAUGAAGAACAAGAGGAGAAGGAAUUGCUGCCGCACUGCAAUGAAUCAGGAGUGAACUGUCCGACAACCUGUGAGCACUGCAGAAAUGAAAAUGACCAGAAGGAGCAAGUGACCCCGAGGAGACUUGCUGGAGGACAACAUGUGGUGCAGCUGGAUGCAGAGGGCACCUACCAGUGCAGCCUUACAGGCUUGAUUUUUGAGGUAACAGGGGCCGUCAAAAUCACGUAUUCCCUCUUAUCCUGGAGCAAAUAUGCCAACCUCGUGAAAAAGCCGUGGAUCGUGGGCGGCCCCCUCUUCGACGUGCGCUGCGAUUCGGCCUCUGCUCUCACCUCCAUCCAGUUUCCCCAUUCCCUCUGCCUCAGCGAUCAUGGUGCUGGCAUGGCCUUCAAGGUUUUGCACAUCAAAGGUGAAGGUGCAGCCAUCGAGCCCUCCGCCGACUACUCAGCCUCACAUGUGAAAUGGGUGGUGAGCUCGCUUUCGCCGGUGGGACCGCUCAUCCAAAGCCAGGAGCCAGUGCAGUACCAUGGUGCAGUCAUCCUCUACAAAGUCGUUGAUGAGCAUCCCUCAUUAUCCUUUCGGGUGUAUGUGGCUACAAACAAUGACUCCUUUAUAAAGGAUAUCUCAAGAGCUGUAAAACAUUCAAAUAAGAAAUUCAUUAAAAUUGACAAGCCCCCUGUAUGCCAAAAAUUGCUACAGAAAGGAAAGAGAUAUAGAUUAGUUUGUGAACCAGAAGCCGAAGUAACCCCAGAGGAAAUUGAAUUUGUUGACGGAUCUCUCUUGAAACUAAAAAGUUACAUUGAAGUCUAUUUGGAGAAACCUGAUGACUUCACCAUGUCUUUGGUUGAGCUGGAGUCUGAUGCGACCGUAUGGAAAGCAAAACUAAGAGAGAGUGACUGGAUACAUUACGAUCAGAACAAAAAUGAGCAGAAAAGAAGCACGAUCAGUGUCAAAAAACGGAAACCAACCCUCAGCAUUUUGGAAGAAGAUGAGCUUUGUAGCAAAAAGCAGAAAACUGGCAAUGCUGCAGAUGGAAUUGAAACAAGAAUCUUAACUGAUCAACAGCUGAUGGUGAUUGCGAAAUUGUUUGGUAGGCAGUGGAGAGAAAUUGCCAUUGAAUGUCUUCAGACGGAAAUGAAGGACAUUGAGCAGAUUCAGGCAACGGAGGAAGAAGUUAAUAUGCAAAAAUUUUUGAUGUUAAGCAAGUGGAGAGACAGAGAGCAAAGCAAUGGAACUGCAGAAACUUUGUACAGAAGUCUUCAGGAAAAAGCAUCCUAUGAGAUACUGCAAGCCCUACAAGGAAUGGUUAAUUUACACCUUCCCCUGACGGAUGACUUAACGAUUCGGUCCUGCAGACGUUCGUGUGUGUGUUUCUCAGCUCGGUGCUGAGCUGGUGAAGCUGGAGCUGGAAGGAGCAUGGUGAAGAGCUGCCCCAGUCAGCUGUUCUGCUGCUCCAGGAUCUCGCUGAGAUUCAGGAAGGAAGAUGCAAGGCAUCAUCACUCAGUGAAAAAUUUAGGCAAGAUCUUCGAAAGAAAUCUGAAUGAAAUUUUAUGCAGCUAUAAGCACACUUAAGACUUUCAGGAGCAAUUACUCUUGCGGUGGAUCCCGGCAUCGUGGCUGGGAGUGCUGGGCUUCACGGAUGGGGAAUCCCAAUGCUGCCACCCAGCUUUGUCUCAUUUGAGCCAACCCUAAAAGACAUGAACACUGGAAGAAGCCAGUUUACCUUGUUCAGGUAUCUGAUCAUCAUCUGGAAAUGUUUUUAUUUACAUCAGGGAAAGACAGGGAUAAAAGUUAUGCAGAAACUUUCAUCCCCUUAAAAAAAAAAUUGAACUGCCAAAAUCAUGAGGUACGUUGUAUUUCUCACCGAUGCCGAAGAUCAGGGAAGACUAAUCCUAAACUUCCAGAUAAAUUCCUUUGCAUAAUCACUGUAUAUGUACGUAAUUACUGUAUAUAUUCGUGUACAUUCAGUCUUUGUUAAGCUGUGGUUCUGUUUUCGAAAACCCAAAGACUGGUUUCAUGGAAACACCACUAUAAACUCCAGGCAGCUUUGAAUUUUCCCUGGGAAUUUCUUCUUCUCUCUUUUCUGUGUAGUCUAUCUCAAUUUUUAUGAGAUUUUUUUUUUUUAUGUUGUAAAUUUUUUUUUGUAUUAUAAACUUUUUAUACUUUUUUUUUACUUGCUUAAUUUUAACUUGAAUAGAAUUAGGUGCUUAAACUAAAAUGGGAGAAGCCAGAAUCUCUGCAAAGGCUGUUGCUCUGUUGGCAUUGCACGUACUACAGCAUUGGGAAAGAUCUGGAAAUAAUCUUAUUUGUAGAAGGGAGCAGUGACCUGGCAUAGGAGAUUGUCUUGCUUUUAAAGACACUGGAUUCUCUUGUUCAUUUUCUUCUGUGUAUGUUUAUGAAAGGAAAAGCAUACUUUUAAAAAAUAAGGAUUAAAAAGGAAACAUUUACAAUA